AUGGAACCUCGUGUUGGCACUGAUAGGCAUAGCGCAUAUACAGAGAAAGAGAAAGCACAAGCGACUGCACACGGGAUUUCUCUCAUUUCGCGGCUCGAAAAGAGGACACCUGGCUCUCCUACCACCUACAAUGUGAGGCGUUUGAAAUGGAAGUACAACUUGGCCACGCUUGCUCACGAUUAA